CGGCAGGGGGAUGUAGGUAAACUUGUCCCACAUGGCCGGUGGAAGUUAGUCUUGUAGUUGUGUCCUGUUCAACAAAGGAAAGCCGCUCAGAGCCCGUCGGACUAGGAAUAAACUAACCCAGUGACACAACGGAGACAAACGAGGACACCUUUCAUUUACUACAUUUUACAUAACCAUUUCUACCUGUAACUAAAGGUGGUAAUGGUCUCCCACGAGUAAAAAUAAAGGUGGAAGACGGUUUUGUCUACAAAAUGUGGAGCGGCUAAUCAUGUGUUAUUGUUAGCUAAAUCGAAGCUAGUUUGAAGGUUUGUCACCACAGUGGCACGAAGCCUAUAGCUGAAACAGAGUGCUGCAGUCAGCCGGGUAACGUUAAAUGGAUCCCCAGUUGUGGUGCUGUGAGGGGGACAGGCCUGCCAUCCGGAGGGCCUACCGGGACUCCAACCUGUUGAAUGAGCGGGUCCUGCACGCUCUGUUGCGGGCAGAAGACAAGUACCUCCCCUCUCCCAACUACUUCAAAUGCGUCCAGAGAGAAGUAGCUCCGUACAUGAGGCGGAUAGUGGCUACCUGGAUGUUGGAGGUGUGUGAGGAGCAGAAAUGUGAGGAGGAGGUGUUCCCUCUGGCUAUGAACUACAUGGACCGCUUCCUGUCGGUGGAACCCACCAAGAAGAGCCACCUGCAGGUCCUGGGAGCCGCCUGCAUGUUCCUGGCUUCCAAACUGAAGGAAACGAUCCCGCUCACCGCUGAGAAGCUCUGCAUCUACACCGACAACUCAAUCACCCCGACUCAGCUGCUGCAAAUGGAGCUGGUGGUUCUGAACAAGCUGAAGUGGGACCUGGCUUCAGUUACCGCUCUGGACUUCAUCGAGCACUUCCUGUCCCAGCUGCCGGUUGUGAGAGAGCACCGGCCCAUCCUCAGGAAGCACGCUCAGACCUUUGUGGCUCUGUGUGCCACAGAUGUUAAAUUCAUCGCCAGCCCCCCGUCCAUGGUGGCAGCAGGCAGCAUGGUGGCGGCGGUGGAGGGCCUGCAGAUGAGAAUGGUGGGCAGUUCCAUGAUGUCUAAGAAACUGACGGAGCAGCUGGCCCAGAUCAUCAGGAGCGACCCGGACUGUCUGAGGGCAUGUCAGGAACAAAUCGAGUCGCUGCUGGAAACCAGUCUCCGACAGGCACAACAACCGCAAAACUCGGUUACCAUGGAGACUAAGAGCAUCAGUGAGGAGCAGGACGUCUCAACGACGCCCACAGAUGUCCGGGACAUAAACAUCUGAUGGACAGCUGCCAGUCGCACUGCUGGAGGAGGAAAGAGAAGCACCCACGUGUACGCUCGUCUGAACUGUGGCUGGGGACACCGUCACGUCCAGGACGUUGACAACCUUUUAAAACUGGAAUCCUUGAACACUCCAAAGAGUAAUGUCUGUUAAGUGUUGCUUCUUAUUGGUGGGCAGCGUUGGAUGCACCCACCAACGAGUUGUUUCAAGGCCUAGAAGGCCCGUCUGAACCCACCCCUCCUCCCAAAAUUGAAACUAUAGGCCCAGAGACUCAGUGGCGGUUCUAGACCAUUUCAAGUGGAGGGGCCAGGCUGGGGCCACAUGUGAUUUUUAGGGGUACCAAAUAAAAGUGUGUUGCAUACCACCAACCUUUCAUAGGUUUGGUUCUACAAAAGACUAAUAAUACACAUAAGAAUAAACACAAGAACACUCAUUCAGUGUUAACCUACAUUUUAUUUAUCACUGCACAUGAACAAUAUCCUCUUUUUGGGGAUAAAGGUGGGUUAAAAAUGAAUGAAACAAUUUGCUAUCGUUAGGGGUGCCAUAGUUAGGCUUAAUAUUAAGUGGGCACUGGCCAACCUUAUUCUCCCCUCCUCCUUAGGACCGCCACUGCAGAGACUGAAACUGAUUGGUGUGUUUAGAUGUCCCUGGACCUGUAUUUAUCAAACGUCCCAAUUGCACCAAAUUGUAGGAGUCGUUUGCUAAAAGUGAACAAUGAGAUUUAUCAAGUGGCCCACUUCUUCUGAAGUGUUGGAGCGGACUUGACAGUUCAAACUGAUCAAAUGGGAAAACGUG